AUGUCUAUUACUCCAAACCCGACUAUCCUCCUCGUCCAUGGCGCUUGGCAUGGCUCCUGGAUCUGGGAUCACGAGGUCUCCCAUCUACACUCCCUAGGCUACGAAACGGCCUUAGUCGAUCUCCCUUGCACUUCCGGAAAGCCAGGAACGACUCAAUUCGACGACGCCGCCGCAGUCCGCACCGCCAUCCAAGACCUGCUCUCGCGCAACAAACACGUAGUAGUCCUCGCACACUCCUACGCCGGACCCAUCGCCAGCGCAGCCAUCCUCGGCCUCUCCACCCAAUCCCGCAAAGCCGACACCGGCGGCGUCCUCGGCCUCAUCAAUCUCGCGGCUUAUAUCUUCCCAGGUGGUAUGGAUCAAGGCCAAGCCAUCCGUGAUAUAGGCGGUCUCCCAUACGUCGACUGGGACACGCCGCAGCCAGGCCUCUUCGUCACGAAAAACCCGGCUUCUCUGUUCUACGCUCCGGACGUCUCGCCCGAACUCACGGCUUGGGCGGUAGGGAGACUUCAGCCGCAGAGCAUGGCGGCGAAUAUGGGUGUUGUGCCUCCUCAGGCCUGGCAGAAUGAUGCUGAGGGUUUUGAGGGUAGACUGGCUUAUGUCAGGACGACAGGGGAUGUUCCUGUGCCUGUUGCGCAGCAGGAUGCUAUGAUUGAGGGUGCUGGUGGGAGGGCGAAGUGGAUCGUUAGCACGUUGGAGGAUUCGGGGCAUAGUCCCAUGCUUUCAAGGCCAGGGGAGGUGGCGAGGACUGUGGAUGAGAUCGUGAAGAUGUUCGAGAAAGCUGGCUAG